CCCCUCAUCAUUUUCAGAUCAUCAGAAUCACAGAGCCUCAGAGCUCUCUACCUCUCCUUCUCAGAUCCUCCUCGACACGUCGCACCGUCAUUUCACUCGGCAAUACUCCAAUAGUUAUAUACAAUAUAUAAACUAUAGUUAUAUAUACACCACCUCCGCUCCACUUCCCUCAUAAUUUUGAAGCCUGGGAGGUCUCUCUUUCUUUUGCCUUUUUCCUGGUUCUCUGAUACUGAUAGAUCUUGUAGAUCUGGGCCUGCCUUAUGCCAUUGGCUCCAGAUGGCUGCGAAAACUAACGCCGACGGCCGGACCAGGGGCUCCGUCCAGAUUUUCAUUGUGGCUGGAUUGUGCUGUUUUUUCUACAUUUUGGGUGCUUGGCAGAGGAGUGGCUUCGGCAAGGGCGACAGUAUUGCUGUAGAGGUUACUAAGACCAAGGCUGACUGCAGUGUGAUACCGAGUUUGAGUUUUGAGUCCCACCAUGGCGGUGGAGCUGGCAAGAUUGGAUCCGAGGCGCCCAAAGUGUUUGAACCUUGUCAUCCUCGUUACACUGAUUACACGCCGUGCCAGGAUCAGAAGCGCGCAAUGACGUUUCCUAGGGAUGAUAUGAAUUACAGGGAGCGGCAUUGUCCUCCUGAGGCAGAGAAGCUGCAUUGCCUCAUUCCGGCACCCAAGGGGUAUGUGACUCCGUUCUCGUGGCCGAAGAGCAGGGACUAUGUGCCUUAUGCAAAUGCGCCGUAUAAGAGCUUGACUGUUGAGAAGGCUAUCCAGAACUGGAUCCAAUAUGAGGGUAAUGUAUUUAGAUUUCCUGGUGGGGGAACACAGUUUCCUCAAGGGGCAGAUAAGUAUAUCGAUCAGCUGGCUUCUGUGAUACCAAUUGAGAAUGGUACGGUUAGAACUGCGCUGGACACUGGUUGUGGGGUUGCCAGUUGGGGUGCAUAUCUGUUGAGUAGAGGUGUUAUUGCCAUGUCAUUUGCACCAAGAGAUUCACAUGAAGCACAGGUACAAUUUGCUCUGGAAAGAGGUGUGCCUGCAGUAAUUGGUGUUCUGGGUACAAUAAAGCUGCCAUAUCCAUCCAGAGCCUUUGACAUGGCUCACUGUUCUCGCUGCUUAAUUCCGUGGGGAAUAAAUGAUGGAAAAUAUCUCAAGGAAGUCGAUCGAGUCCUUAGGCCUGGAGGAUAUUGGGUGCUUUCGGGUCCCCCGAUCAAUUGGAAGAAUAACUACAAAUCAUGGCAACGUCCUCGGGAGGAACUUGAGGAGGAACAGAGGAAGAUUGAAGAAGCUGCUAAACUUCUUUGCUGGGAGAAGAAGUACGAGAAGGGUGAAACAGCCAUUUGGCAGAAGAGGGUUUCUUCUGAUUCAUGCAGCAGCAGACAGGAUGAUCCACAAGCUACCUUUUGCAGCUCUAAUGAAGCAGAUGACGUCUGGUACAAGAAAAUGGAGGGAUGUAUAACUCCAUAUCCGGACGAAGUUUCUGAAGAACUGAAGCCAUUUCCAGAGAGGCUUCAUGCUGUACCACCUAGAAUUGCUAGUGGAUCGGUUCCUGGAGUUUCUAUCGAGUCCUACUUGGAAGAUAACAAAAAAUGGAAGAAGCAUGUUAGUGCUUAUAAAAGAAUCAACAAAUUACUUGACUCUGGAAGGUAUCGCAAUGUAAUGGAUAUGAAUGCUGGUUUGGGUGGUUUUGCUGCACAACUCACGUCUCCAAAAUUGUGGGUCAUGAAUGUGUUGCCCACUAUAGCUGAGAAAAAUACAUUGGGUGUUGUCUAUGAGCGAGGAUUGAUUGGAAUCUAUCAUGACUGGUGUGAGGGUUUUUCCACAUACCCAAGGACGUAUGACCUCAUUCACGCCCAUGGUGUUUUCAGUUUGUACGAUGGCAAAUGCAAUUUGGAAGACAUUCUGCUAGAGAUGGACCGGAUUUUGAGGCCAGAAGGUGCCGUCAUAUUCCGCGAUGAAGUUGAUGUAUUAAUUAAGGUGAACAAGGUUGUUAGAGGGAUGAGGUGGGACACCAAAAUGGUGGACCAUGAAGAUGGCCCCCUUGUUCCAGAGAAGGUAUUGGUUGCCGUCAAGCAGUACUGGGUUGGAAACUCCACAUCCACACAAUGAAAUUCUCGAAACUAAACCUUGAGGAGCUUCGCAGGGUUCUAAGACGGCAAUGGUCUCUGUUACAAUUCGCUACCGGGAUGUGAAAUUUUCCAGUGAGCAGUAUUGCUGCCGAGCACUUCCAUGGGAGGAGGGUGUGUGCACAAAGCUAUAAUUGCUAAUCAUCUUUGACCAUGCUUCUUUGUAGUAAAACUUAUAACUAGCCAAAGCUAAGAUCAUCUACAUAGCUAAUGCCUGUAUUAUUCACAGUAUCAUUCAUUUUAUAGUUUGUCUUGA